ACCAUGUAAAAAUUAUUUUAUAUGGGGAAAAUUAAGUUACGAAACUGAAAAUAAUGAUAUAAUAUAUCCAGAUCAAACAUCAAUUAAAGGUGUGCAAGGUUUAAAUGGUAGUAAAAAUGGUAUACAAGGUGGAUUUAUUUUUGAUGUUGUAGAUCAAAAUAACAAUAUUGAAAUAGCUAAGAUAAAAUUAAAUUUUGAUGUUCC